ACCUUGAAGUGCUGGGUCGAGAAGCGAAUGACCGACUGUCCGAGCUUCGCGGACUUGCUGUUGCCUGCUUGACCCAAACGAGGGAUGAAGCUGGCGUCGUCUCGACUGCCAGCUUGGUCGAGGCCGCCGUCGUCUGCCGGUGCCGAGGACUGGCCGACGCGUGGACAGGCCUCCGCGACAGCCUGUCCGCGACUGUGCAGGGUCUGGCCGCGGGCGUCUGUGCUUGGCGCGCAUUUGAGGCGGCCGCCGAGGCCAGCGAGGCGGCGAUUCGCGACGUUGAGGCUCGUCUCCGA